AUGGUAAAGAUUGCUAUCAUUACAUAUUCAACAUAUGGUCAUAUUGACAAUUUGGCUAAGACCGUUUUAAAAGGUAUAGAAGAUGCAGGUGGUAAAGCUGAUUUAUUCCGUGUUCCUGAAACUUUAUCAGAUGAUAUUUUAACCAAAAUGAAUGCACCUGUAGCUAAAGCUUCAAUUCCUGUAGCAACUGCUGAAACUUUGAAAGAAUAUGAUGCUUUCUUAUUUGGUGUUCCAACAAGAUUUGGUAGUUUACCUGCCCAAUGGUCCGCAUUUUGGGAUUCUACUGGUGCUUUAUGGGCUGAAGGUGCUCUUUGUGGUAAAAUUGCAGGAUUUUUCGUUUCUACCUCUUCAUAUGGUGGUGGUCAAGAAGAUACUGUUAGAAAUUGUUUAUCUUAUAUUAUUCAUCAUGGUAUGAUAUAUAUCCCACUUGGUUAUAAGAACGCUUUUGCAGAAUUAGCUAAUGUUGAAGAAGUUCAUGGUGGUAGUGCUUGGGGUGCUGGUACUCUUGUUGGUUCUGAUGGUUCAAGAGCAUCAUCUGCUGUUGAAUUAAAAAUUGCAGAAAUUCAAGGUAAAACUUUUUAUGAAACUGCUAAAAAAUUCUUCCCAGGUGAUGAUUCUAAUACUACUGAAGCUACUAAAACCACUGGUGACAAGAAGACUACUACAAAACCAGCUGCAAAGAGACAAACCACUAAACCAGCUGAAACAAAGAAAGAAGAUGAUAAGAAGAAAGAAAGUUCAUCUAUGAUGGACUGUUGUACUCUAAUGUGA